CAAAUUGCCAAUUCAUACUCAAUUGUACCGACCUAUGAAUUUCCCAGCGAUGCCCGCGUGACUUCUUGUCCUCAGCAAGGACAUAGCUGCUCGCUAUGGCUUUGCCGCUUAUGUUAUUUUCAUGAUGGUGUAAGCGUAGGGAUUUUAGGUUAGGCAACUUGGCAUUUUAUCGUUUCGGGCGUGCGGACACCGCAGCUUACGCGUGGUAAAAUGGGUGAGAAUAUUUCAGUGCAACCAGUUUCGCUGAGGAGGGCUGUGCUGGCGAAGUCACCUACACCGCGUGAGAUGUCCACUCUCUUGAACAAUAAAUGCUAUCGCGCAUGGAGUGAAGCCUCUACUAUGCUCAUAUCCACGACUAUUAAGGAGGGCGAGCACGAAGGCGAGGAGGAUGACAUGCUGAUGAGCUCCUGCAGCAAUGCCGGCCAUGAGCCUUCCCGGUUCAGUUCUCACGACCUUGGCAGCGAUGAUGCAAUCGACGUCCCGCACGACCGCGACCAUAGGGUUUCGCAGGUCGCAUCUGGCGCAAUGGCUUCGGUCGCCGCUGCUACCUCCAAGCUCUUCUGCCGCCUUCUACACCAUCACAACAGUAACGUUCAUCAACACACCUCCUGCGCUUCCACACCACGUCGUGCCACCGAACCCUCCGCCGGAACCCUAGAGGCAGUGGAAUCCUACCCAGCACGUUGGCAAUGUGUCUCCAGCACCUCCCUGUCCUCACGUCGUUUAAGCUCAAAGGCAGCCCGUCGUGAUUCCAUGAAGCGCCUUGCAAGUCACAGCAGCCCAGUGUGCUGCGGUGAGGGCUGCGAUCCUAACCCCCAGCAGGCGCCUCCGCAGCCUCGCGGUCACCUAGUGCGGCUCAUGGAUGACGAAGAUGCCUUCAUGGCCACACAUGCUUUGGAGCUGGCAGCUCAAAUCCACGAUCAGUUAUGGGGCCGCGGAGCGCAAAGCGCGCAUCUUGACCCACAUCGCCGGGAGAUGCUGCUGCGUGCCGUACGCCCCUUGUACGACGAAGCAAUGGCUGCCGUACGUGCCAUUCAGCACCGCGCCCUGCAUUCGCUAGUGAAACAGGCUGUACAACAGUACGUCAAUCCGCAGUUGGGCUCACCAGACGACGUGCUGCGAAUUAUCCUGGAGCUUCUGACGGGCUGCGGCACCUUUGCGGCGCCAGCGGGGCCGGGUGGCGGCAGUGGCAGCAGCGGGCACCGCAAUGACGGCUCCCUUAGCGGCGGGGCGCGCUGCAAUAGCGGUGGCGGCAGCGGCAACAACAACAAAGGACCUGCAGCGCAGGGAGGCGCUGGGUCUCUGCCUAGGGGCCAUGUUGGGAGUGGCAGCAGCGGUGGUGGUUGCUGCAGUUGUGACGGUGAGGAGUCUCCCGGCGGGGGAUCUGGGCCGAGUGGCAGCAGCAGCGGUAGCGGCAGCAGCAGUGGCAGCAGCAGCAGCCGCUUGCGGCCCGGAAGCGGAGGUAGCGCUAAGCGCUUGCUGCAGGCUUUCGGCAUCUUCAAGUCUUGAAUGUUGUCAUUUUGGCUAGCUACCCCAUACGGGUAGGAUCGGGUUUUGUUGGCACAUGGCUCGUGACCAGUUCCGACUCGCGGCCAGUUUUGUUCACGUAUGUUUGUUGUUUAAGUGAAUGACCGUUUCAAUGGUUCUCUAAAAGGGAACACGGGUGUUGUUAAUUUUGGGGUCGCCCUCCUUAUGUACUUCAAUGGGCGGUGGACUACCAUUACCCUAGUAUGCGUGCCUCGUAUCCUUGGGACCCAUAAUAACAGGACUACUACAGGUGCUUCAUGAAAAGCCGUACGGGGCGCUUCUUGUAUAAGCUAAGUAGCACUAAAAAGCGGAUGGGAUGGGUGAUGAUGAGGCGCACGCGCGCGUUUUGUGUUGCUUGUAUGGCUGUUUUCAUCGGCCUCGGUGUUAGUUUGGGCGAACUGGCAUUCUCGUCGCCUGUUGUAGGCGCAGGACUGCUGUGUAGUAGUAUGUGGAGAAGUGUGGCGCAGAUGCAAGGCCGCCCUGAUGCGGCUUCUGGGCGGUCACCCCUGAAACAUUCCUUUAGCGGGAUCUUGUCGCAGUCGUUCCUUCGGCUGUCACUCCGUUUAGUACGUUGCCCGGCCGCUGUUCGUGCCUUUGCAACGGACCCGCCUUCCCGGCGGACACCUUGCGCAGCAGUGGCCUGUGCCACAAAACACCCUUUAUCCUCUGAAAAGCGAGCCGUAUCGUGGUAUAUGGCUACCGUGUCAUUAUGUAUGGCUAUGGUGAAUUGUUGUGACCGAGUUUGGCCGUAUUCGUGUGGCAUGCUAAUGCUGUCCGGUGUUAACUUGUUCACGGUGGGUAAGCCCCGCCAACACUGCUCACCUAACCUCCCAAGGAGGACUGUACCUAGUCACAUGUCACAUGGAACGUGUUGGCGACUGCGUAAGCGAGCCCAUGUCACUCACUCAGGUAUACGGCUGGUGUGUCGAAGCGUGUCCUUGACGGAUGCGGCUGGCUAUUGCCUGAUUUGGUUAACGCAAGGUUUGUUUGUGUGUACCGUCUGUUCCUCUCUGCUCUUCUUUCGUGAUAUCCGAUAUGCGGAAGCACUGGGGUGUUUCUUUCCUGUAAAGGGGCUUGGUUGAGGCCAUGUUUUUGGUCGUAUCGUUGUGGCUUUUGGCUGGUGGCAACAUAACAAGAUUGCAAGGUCGGGAGUGUUUCCUGCUGUGGUGGACCGUGGGGUGGGGUGUCGCCAUGCGAGUACCCACUUGUUGGUCUGCAUGGUCUGGUGCAAUGUGUUUGACCGCAAUCGAGUUGGUGUGGCGGGGGGCUCGUGCGAGUCGGCGGCUGCUUUUCUUUCAUUCUUGGUCUUUCCUCUGCCUUCAGGAGUGAGUGACAGGGAAUGCAAGUAUCGUGGCUGUGGCUUUGGGCAACUCGUCGUGCUUGUUAAGAGGGAUGAGGGUCAGCAUGUGCCUGCAUUGUCUAGGGGGUGUUGUCGCGUGUUUUGAGUUGAUUGGGGCGGUAAGCUAGCACAUCCUGCCGCAUACUGCGUACUUGCGUGUCUGACGAUGCCAGAGACGAACAUCCCGGAGGGAGUGGUCUCUCUUUUUAUUAAUUGCUUUCUUAUUGACCCAUGGGUCCCAUCACCGCUUCUGUAUCUUUACGGUUGCCAGAUGGGCCCGUUAGGCCUGCCACCAACACGUGGGUGCGUCCAAGGGAUGUGCGUUUGUGAAGCUAGUGAGAUGCGUCUUGAAUGUGCGCCAAAGCUGCUGGUUAGAUGCCCCUAGUACUAGGGUUUGUGAGGGGACCAUGAAAGAACGGGGCGUGCGGUGGCAAUCGGUAGGCAAGUGGCAGCUUCUCCCGAUGUUGGUGAAGAUACCUAUGUGGGCUAGCGCAUGCGGCAGUCUGUGGCCAAUUGGCUGCUUGCCCAUGCAUAACGCGCUUCCAACGUCAUGUUUGGUCGGUGUUUGCCGCGCGGGUAGGAUUGCCUCUGCAGCAGGGUGUCUCCGUUUGUCAGUUUGUAGGUCGUUGACAUGGCGUUGUGCUGUGGUCUGAUGGCCAGGCCUGGAGCAUGGGACAACGUUAGACCUACAGCGGCAACUUGGGCCAUGUUGGGUGUAUGAUGAAGAAAGGCAGGGGGGCGAGAGGAAAUGUGGUGGCGGGGCAGCGGGAAAAAGAAGAAUGGGGCAAUGGGUGGGGUGGGUGGCGAGGCCUGCUGCUGCAGCUCGGGCUGUUUUUUUGCUGUAUUGUCACCUCCCAUGUUGCCAUGUAUCGGUAUGCGAGUUGGCGGCGUUCUGCGGUAAAACAGUGUGUGUAGUUGUGUGUAUGUGUGUGUGUUGUGGUGGUCUGGUCGCUGUACUUGUGCUGAGUAUUUCAGCUGUGACUGAGCGGAGGAGCAGUGUGCUCCUUGGUUGAGGCACGAAACUGGCGUUCUUGAGGGGCGUUGUUGACAAACCAUACCAGCGAUUUUUGGUGCUUUAUUCCACUGCUGGCGUUAGUUGUUGACCCCCUGGACAUGUUCUGUUGACGAUGACUUUUUGUGUGGCGUUGUGUUAGUUACCGUAAGCAUAGCUGGAUCCUAAUACUGGUAACACUGCUGAGCUUCUGCGACGCUUCAGUUGCGAAGGAAAACUAAACCCUUUUGAACGCUACCCUUGCUUCUGUUGCAUGUGUGCAGACCCCCUUCGAGUGAGAGCAUGUCUGCAUGCGGCAGAGUGGGGGCGCUGCGAGCCCUGCAGCUGCGGCCCUUGGCGGCUUGCAUCCUGCUUGAAUGGUCUGUGAAGUUGUCGUGGCUUGUGUACUUUUGAAGAGGCUGGAGGUUGUGGGUGAAGGGGAUUUGACCUCUUUGGCUUGGCUGUCACGGCUGGUGGGGAGGUUCUACUGUUUUUUGUGACGUCAUAACUUCCGACAUUGCAGCUUAUUAACCGAGAGGCUGUUGACAUGGAGCAAGCUGAUUUGUUCGCUCGCCUAGACGCCGUGGUCAACGACAUGCAAUGCCCGCUCUACCGUGGAACGUUAUCACAAGAUCGGAUGGCGGCCAUGGACGCACACGCGCGCGCCUGCCCCACAUCUGCAACCCGCUCCAUAGCCGACCUCGCGACCUACCUGGCCUCAGCAGCAAGGAGCCCCGAGGAGAAGGUCCGCGCCAUCUGCUUCUGGCUGCACCUCAACGUGCGAUACGACACAGAAGCCUACUUCGGCGGAACCGUCCGAAGCAUGACUGCCGAUGAUGUACUGCGAGACAGGUGUACGGUAUGCCAUGGCUUCUCGCGGCUCAUGGCAGCGCUGUGCAAGGCUUGUAACGUGGAGUGCAAAGUGAUCUCCGGUUACGUGAAGGGCGUGGGCUACACCCGAAAUCUUUCCGGUACGACGGUCACAGCCUCCUCAGGCAUCAAGUAUGAAGCCAACCACAAUUGGAACGCGGUUAAGUUGUACGUCCCUUCGAGGCGCAAGGAGCGCUGGCAUCUUGUGGAUCCGACCUGGUGCGCCGGCUACACCAACGGUACGACAUGGAUUCAGGAAUGGGGCCGGCAGUACUACAUGGCAGAUCCGCUAGCCUUUGCGCAGUCGCACUUUCCGGAGAACCUUGCCUGGACGCUGCUACCAGAGGAUUACCGACCCACUUGGCACACGUUCGUAAAGGUCGCAAGGUUGCGGUUUCCAGUUUGCUGGGAGUUGGGCGUGCUGCCCAUUUCGCACAAGCAGCUGCUGUUACAAGACGCGUCAACAUCGGAUGAAGGGCUUCGGAUCGUGUUUAAAGUGAAGAAGGGAACUCACAUGUUGGCGAAAAUCGACGACAGCAACCAGCAGAUUUACCCAGCAACCCUGUCAGGCGUCAACGAGCAGCAGUACGGCAACAAGAACAGCGAUCUGCUUGCCUUUUAUAUCAAGGACGUCGCAGUUGCCUGUAAUGGCACGGAUGCAUGCAAAGUGUUGAAGUUCUUUGCUUCUCAUCAAGAGUACGGCACGUAUGCCUGGGUUACGGAGUAUGUGAUUGCUUAACAUUGCUUGAGUAUUUAUUUAAUGUAUGUCGAUGAUAGUUUUUAAAACGGCUGCAGUACACCACGGACAGCGUUGUUUCUGUUCCCGGCAAGCAGCAUGUUGCGUACUGCGGGAGCAGGAUCUGUACGAUGCUAUCGGCUGCAGUACGCCGCUGUGGAACUGGGUGGCAGUGGUGGAAGUGUGACGAAACCAGCGAUGCAGGUGGGAUUAUGGGUAGCAAUCCUCCUCCGCCUCCUUCAAGGCCUCCCCGUAACACGGGCUAAUUCGGCAAUUUGGCUUGGCUAAUUCGGG